AUGAUCAAAAUUUUGUUAACGUUUGCUAAUGUUACUGAUGAUCAAACAUUUCCAUUUGAUCUUACACACAUUUUGAACUCUGACAUUCGCGAGGAAGUUCAACAUAUCGUUACUCCUCACAAAUCACACAAAGUUAACACUGCUAUGAAAGAUUUUCAGGGAAUAAAAGGAAAUGAAAAUCAGUUGAACAAUACAGUUAAGAAUGAAAAUGAUGAUGAUGCCCAUGAUGAUUUGAAUUUGAACGAUGACAAAGAUGAUGCCAAUCAUGAAUUUAAUGAAGAUUAUGUUGAUGAAGAUUAUGUUCAUGACGUUGAUGAAGAUGACGAUGAUGUUGAUGAAGCUGAUGUUCGCGAAGAUGAUAUUGAUGGCACUAAUGAUGAUGAUGAGCAAAGCUUGCAGAAUAGUGAAGAAGCUGUCAAAAAUAAACUGAAUCAGUUUGAACAAGGAUGUGCUGAACACACAAAACAGAAAACACAUGCUAAAAGUCCAGAACCUCUCAAAGGAAAGAAACUGGAAAAAACUCAGAAGGCGGAAAAUAUUCCAAAAAUUGAAACAAGAACCGUUUCACAGAAGACUCUUGAUGAUGAAGCAACAUAUACUAGUAACAACUCUAUUAGUACCAUUUUCCUACUGAUAUCAGUACAGAAGAAAUCAACGCUUUGUCUUCUGAUAUUUUAG